CAUCCCAUCCCGCUCUUGCUGCUCGUCUCCUCGCACGCCGCUUCUCCCGGCAUCGUCACUUGCAAAGCCACAAAGCCCCCCUGUCUCUCUGCGUCUGUCGCAACCGAGCUUUCUCAGAGUCAUGGGUUGCUUCGAGUCGAAGCCGCAGCAGCCCCAAGCUGCCGGGACUCGGUCUGAUGAGGAGAUUGCCGAGGAGCUCCAGCUCCAACUGGUCCUGCAAGAGUCGGCGGAGGAUGCCUUGGCUCCGAAGCGGAUUGUUGCCCCUGAGCGAUUCGCCGUCAUCGAGGACAUAUCGCCCAUGCAUCCGCCCUACGACCUUCCCCCGCUGCGGGGGCACCCUCACAACUCGACCAGCGAGUCCAUCCCCGUCUAUUACUCCCAUACUCUCAGCCAAGAUCCCCAAACGUCCUAUCAUCCCAGCCCUGUGUCCCCUAAGCCUUCGACCCUCCAGACCACCCCGUAUGUCAUCGAGCCCGUGAAGCCACCACCACGCCACGUCCCUGUGGUACUUCCCGUCGUCGCCAACCCGUUCGAGACCGUGGCGACCGAUCACCCACCCGUCAACUCCGAAGAUGGCGGAACCAUCGUCUGCGGUAUUUGUCAGGACUCUUCACGGAUGGCCUACAGCGUUGUGCUGCGAUGUGCGCACUCGUUUUGCGAGGAGUGCAUGACCCAGCACGUCCGCCACGCCAUUCUCAACCGCGAGAUUCCGAUCCCAUGUCCCUCGUGCAAGGCCUCACAGACAAGCACGGAUCUGGACGAGUCUGUCAUCAAGCAGUGCUCCGACGCGGAGCUCUUCAAAAAGUACGGCGAAGUCUGCAUCCAGCGUGCCCUCGCCACCGAUCCAAACGCUGUGCAGUGCAUUGGCGAAGACUGCUCGACCUACUUCUUGGUCGACUCGGGAGAACGCAACUUUAUGCAGUGCCCCACCUGCCUGCUGACUUGGUGCUCCCAAUGCAAGCUGAGGCGCUGGCACGUCGGCAUGUCCUGCGAGGCGGCCUUGUGUGAUCAAACCGCAAACGGAGGCCAAGUUCCUGCCAACGACACCGCUCUGGACGACCUGAUCUUGCAGGACAAACGCUUCACCAAGUGUCCGAGCUGCGCGACCCCGAUAGAGAAAUCGGAGGGAUGCAACCACAUGGAGUGCCCGAUUUGCCGGACCCACUUUUGUCUCUUGUGCCAACAAACCCUCAAGAACGAUCCCAACAACCCCGAGGGUCUGUACCAGCACUACAACGACAAGUCGACGCCGUGCUACAACAAGACCUUUGCCAAUCCGAACAAACUGGAAGAAGACGAAUAGACAAGAGGCUACCCUUCGCAAAGCCAUGUACAUGCCAUGCUAUGUCAUCGCCCCCUGUAAUAGCCGCUGCAGCCAGUAUCAUC